AUGUCUGGAAGAGUGUCGUGUGGUCGCGAUUUUAAUUGCGUUCCAGACUGCAGCAGAGCGCUUGAUACAGCUUGCAAAGCUGGGUUUGACUAUGUGUGCCUGCCCAUUGUGAACCCUCGCUUCCGACGUGAGAAGAUACAGGGCCCAGCAUGUUCACGACUGGGUGCCCUUAAGUCGGAUCUGUGCAUGACCAGCAGCGAUUGGGGUAGUCUUGUUGUUGGGAAGACAUCAACAUGGUUAGAACUGGACUCCAAAGUGGAGCACAUACGCAAGAACUCAGAAUUGGCAUUGAAGGAGGAGCUGACAUAUGCGUCUCAUCUGGGCCUGCCAGCCAUCCUGAUCCCUCUGAGACUGGACACAAUUGUCAACCUGGCACGCACCAUUAAUGAACAUCUGCAGGGGGGAUUCUUUCAAGUGUGUUUCUGUUUUCAGCAAUUCUGGAUCCAGGUGCCGACACUUUCUGCUGUGGACAGUGUGGAUGACAUUAUAGAGGGAGAGGAACAUUGCGAGGAGAGACAGCCAACUGAAGACACUUGGGAAUGGUGGAACACUUUCCGCACAAUGUGUGACUCCAGUAAGCGUGUGAGUGUUGCCCUGGAGUUGUCUGAGGACCUGCCUCCCUACCCCGUCUUGCAGCGCUGGCUGGCAGAGCCAAUCAAGGCAGUCGUGGUCUCCACUGGACUCUUCCUUACCAACAAGAAGGGCUAUCCAGUCCUCUCAAGGUCACACCAGGGAUUCCUCAGGAGCCUCUUCAAGUUGGACGUUCAGCUGAUCCUGACUGGGGCUGACAGACACCCAGAGAAGGGAGUGCACUCUUAUCAGCAGUAUCUGGACCAUCUCUGGCAGACGCAGCCUACGCCUGACACCGUGACCCAGUUUGCGAAGGGCUACGAGGAUUACCUACAGUGUCCCCUUCAGCCCCUGAUGGACAACCUCGAGUCACAGACAUACGAGAUAUUUGAGAAGGACCCCAUCAAGUACUCGCAGUACCAAAAGGCUAUUUACUAUGCAUUGUUGGAUAAAAUCAAACCAGAAGAAAAAGAGACUAAAUCUGUGGUGCUGAUGGUUGUGGGUGCGGGGCGUGGUCCACUGGUUCGAGCCUCUCUGGCUGCAGCCAAGCAGGCCGACCGAAUCAUCAGCAAGGUGUAUGCAGUGGAGAAGAACCCCAACGCAGUCGUCACGUUAGAGAACCUAAAGGAGGAGCUAUGGGGGGACAAGGUGGACGUAGUGUCAUGUGACAUGAGGCACUGGGAGGCGCCGAUCAGAGCUGACAUCCUGGUCAGUGAACUGCUGGGGUCGUUUGGGGACAACGAGCUCUCGCCCGAGUGCCUUGACGGGGCCCAGAGGUUUCUGAAAGAUGACGGUAUCAGUAUCCCGUGUGAGUACACCUCCUAUCUGGCCCCCCUUCAGUCCUCCAAGCUCUACAAUGAAGUGAGGGCCUCCAAGGACAGGGACAAGCCUGCAGAGUCCAACUUUGAGAUGCCAUAUGUGGUUCGUCUCCACAACUGUCAGAUACUGGCUCCACCUCAACCUGUAUUCAAGUUCCACCACCCUAACAAAGCGGAGGUGAUAGACAACAGCAGGUUCAAGAGUCUGGAGUACCAUGUGGAGAACACAGCGGUGCUGCAUGGCUUUGCAGGCUACUUUGAUACCAUGCUCUACAAGGAUGUCUACCUCAGUAUCCUCCCAGAGACCCACUCACCAGGCAUGUUUAGCUGGUUCCCUAUACUCUUCCCAGUGAAAUCCCCUGUGUACCUGAGAGGAGGGGAUCAUGUGGUGGUGGAUUUCUGGCGUCAGGUCAGCGCCAAGAAUGUCUGGUACGAGUGGUGUGUACGGGAGCCCUAUGUGCAACCCAUACAGAACCCCAAGGGACGCUCCUACACCAUUGGGCUCUAACCAGAUGUUAACUGUUGACAUUCAUUGAAGAAGAAAAAAAAUCUUUUGUUUUCAUUUGUUUGUGUUGAAUUUAUAUUUGCAGCCCAUACAGACACCCCAAGGGACGCUCCUACACCAUAGGGCUUUAACCGGAUCUGAACUGUUGACAUUCAUUUUUAAAAAUAAAACAUUCUUUUUUUUUCAUUUAUUUUUGUUGAAUGUAUAUGUGCAGCCCAUGCAGAACCCCCAAGGGAUGCUCCUACACAAUUGGGCUGUAACAUCAGCAACAGGGGCUAGUGAGACCUGAAAGCUCAUAAUGGCAAUAUGUCUUGAGAUCCCAAAAAGGAUAAUAAAAGUCAGCAUACUUUUA